GGGGUAUAUUGAAGUUUCCUAUUAUUUUGUCUUCUGUAGUCUAGCAUUACCCACAUUCACAUACCUCACUCUUCAUUUGGCUGACUUUGUAGCGUAAUGGGCAUUCAUACGACUGGGUUGCUGCAGUUGGUCGUCACCCUCUCAUUCCUAUCCCUCGUCAAACCCUACGUCACCCACCCCCUGGCUACAGUUCCACUCUUAAGCAUCUUUCUAGGUCUUGUUCUGCUUUUCGCAAUCACGCACGUCUCGCAGGCAUUUUUGGCAGAUAAAAUGAUGCAGCUCUACCGAUAUCGCCGACUUAAUUCAAGGGCACACGUUACUUCAAUGGAUGGCGGAGAGGCCUCGGCGCUGCGAUGGUCUAAGGUCUUAAUCCCUUCAUCGUACGAGGCGUUUUGCCGCGCUAACAUCACGGCGAGUACGGUUUACACCUCAGCAAUUCUCUGUCUGACAGUUUGUCUUUUCCACCAAACUCGGUGUGCAUAUCAUCUUUACAUUAAGCCAAUCCUCCGCGAUAUCGCUCGGAUCGACAGGCAGAUUUGGGUUGACUUCGAGGACUGGGGGAGUAAGAAGAUUCCAAAGCAUCAGAGGCCGUGAUCAGGCGUGGGGCCAAAGAAAGGGGAUGGCUUUUGGGAGGUAUAUUUUCCUCCUUUCCGUCGUAUACAUCGGUGGAACGGCACAUCACAUGGUAGUAUACUUUUUUUUUGAGUUAAUAUCAUACGUGUGCUGCCAUACGCUAGUACGUCGCGAGGCUGUGUCAUGAAGCCAGACGAAUCAUUCAAGGCCCUUUUGACCCUCUCCCUGCCAUGACUUUGCGCUCGAUCUACUCGUCGUAGUGAGCUCCCUGCAUCGUGCGCGUGGAGGAAAAGUCCACACAAACUUGGCUUCUUAUCAUCUACUUGAUGAAUGGAAUUCUGAGGUAACGCUGAGCCGUCUGGCCUCGUCAGGAAGUUUAGUGCAUUGAAAUGGUUAAAUAUAAGAUAGGAUUUACUCUUAUUGCUCUAUUUACACUUUUCUCUUUUGAAUACACAAUAAUGUUGUGUAAGUGUUGAUUAUGUUUCAUUAAGUCUAUCUUUUUUUUGGAUGCUUUUUUUCUUGGUCAUCCUUGAAGCCAAAUAUGUGUAUUGAUUUGAUUAACACGUUCCAGUGAAGGGAAUCUUUCGAAAACUAACGGCAAAAUUUAUCUGGAAAAAUUCUAACUGCAUUCUGAAACCAUUUCGUUAUCUCCUCAAAUCAAAUGAAAAAAAAAACAGACGUGCCCAAUUACAAGAACUUACAAAUAUAAUUUUUCGUGUCUUAUUAUCGUUGUUAUUGUUAUUGAGCGAACCUGUGCUAUGUAGAGGGUGGGAAAAGGUGAUCCAAUAAAAUAUCCCUGUAUGAAGUCAUUUAUUUCAAGCUUCAUAGUCUGUAUCUUUAGUCCUAAAGUAUCCCCGACGUGUGAGAUCAUCAUCUGCCGCCUCCGUACAGUUGGAGCCUGCUCUACGCGUUUCAAGCUGUGGGAUAAGGUUCAUCAAGCUUCACGUUCAUCAUUGCGUUCUGUCAACUUCAUAACGGCUCGGUAUAGUCAUAGGUCAAAGGCCUUUCUUCCAGGCUAUAGGUUACCCAUUUAUCCCCCUGGUAUUAGUUGUGGAUUAGCCUCGAAGGCUUCGAAUUGCUAUCAUAUUCACUCUAGUCUACACGCGAAGUCAUUUUUGUUGAGUUCUAGCACUCAUUCGCAAGCCUUAACAAAAUCAGUCCGCCUGUUCAGCAAGCGUUCCAACCCAAGUGCUGCAGCUUUAGGUUCACCAUCGGAUUUUGAGAUACUAGACAAAGUGUUUGGUUCUAAGGGAUCGAAAAUGACCAAUAACCAAUCCGCGAAGAGGACAAGUGCUCACAACAAGAGCGCCAUGGACGCGAAAUCCAUCUCGAAAAAUGGUGGGAGUAGGAGUGGUCAAGCGCCUACGGAAAAUAGUAAGAGGAUGAAGUCAGGAGUUGCACGACUGUCUAAGGAUCCCAACACAGUUGUUGCGCUACACCCGCAAAAUAACCCUCUUCUAACGCUGGAUAUAUGCCUGCGUAAAGCAGAUGCACCAACUGGGCUGCUAACGAAGAGUAUGGCUCGGGAUCAAAAUGAAGCGGCUAGCAAAGUGUUAGACCGCAUCCGUAUGCUUUAUGCCCCUGAAAGAGCUAAGGGGUCUAAAGGCCGGCGACUUCAGCGAGAGGAUAUCCUGAAUGAUUGUCCAAAGAUCACCGUAAUGGGGAUUGAGCUGUCAAGUGAGCUUUCCGAGUCACCUUCAUUCCCAAUCCAAGGCCAGGAGGCAAAAUCUGAUUUGGAAAAUAACGUAUCCUGCGAUACUUUGGUAGAGUUAGACACUGAACUUCCAAACCACAUCUUCUGGAGGCAUGCCCGUCAUAUUAAGCUAGGUGGGGAAGAGCUGACGAUUAAGUACAACAUCCCCACAAUCACAUCUAUAGAGGUGCCUAAUAAGUGUUUGGUAGGGUUACCCCUGAUGUGUACCAAUAUUGAGGCAGUGUUCGUACAAAAUGAAGAAUUGCAUUAUGAGUGGUGUAUAUGUGAGCCAGAUGUGCAAAAUCACCAAGACAUUCUUUUGAAGAAAGCUUCUGAAAAGGAUUCAGAUCAUGUUCGUGUGUUGUCUACUGAGCCUGUCUUUAUCCCUACUGAGGAUCUCAUCGGUAAACGCAUCCUCUUACGGGUGAGUCCCAACAAAAGUGGUCUUUGGACUCAAGUGGAGAUUUCGCCAGUCCAGGAACCACCCCCUGCGAUGGCGCGUUGGAAGCAGACAACAGAGUAUAUAACAUCCCCAGCCUUUCGCGUUGUGACCUACAAUAUUCUCCAUGACGACUUCUGUACGUCCAAGUACUCCAAAACACGCAUUUACCCUUUCGCGUCGGAAGAAGUACUUGAUAUCGAAAAUCGGAUGGUACGCAUCUUGCAGGAACUGUUGAUGUACCACUCCGACUUGAUCUGCCUACAGGAAUGUGGCCAGCGGCUUUUCAAACGUUUCCUAGAGCCCGCGAUGGGGGCGUGUGGCUAUGGCGCCUAUUAUAAAAAUAAGAUUGGGAACGCGCAGGAAGGGUGUGUCCUAUUCUAUCGAAAAGCCCGCUUCGAGCUGGUGGAGCCGGAGACGUUUGCGCUCAACUGGGACACGCUGGGGCGGGACCACCCCGAGCUGGCCUCUCGACUCGACGCCCAUGCGGAGCUCAAAGAGGCCCUCCAACGGGUCACUUCCAUUGGGGUGGUCCUCUUGUUAAGGGAGAUCGCGACGGGACAGGAGGUGGUGUUGGGCAGCACGCAUCUUUUCUACCACGCCAACGCGUGUCACAUUCGCAUCUUACAGGCCUAUAUGCUGCUCCAUCGGCUUUAUCAGAUGGCGACGGCGGGAAUCAAGGAGGCAGAGCUUGCCGAGGGGCGGGGCCGCCGCCGGUCGGUGGUGCUCUGCGGGGACUUCAACUUCACGCACUGCACGGGCGCCUACCGCCUCGUGACGACAGGCCAGGUGGAGGCCACUCAUCACUCGUGGGAGAAGGGGCGACUGUUUUGGUGGGGCUGCGACCGACAGCUAGGCUGCAGUGAGGAGGAGCUGCUCGCGUUGAACCCCAACACACCAGCCGCCGCCGUCGACGCAGGGGACCGGACGGAUGCUCAGAGUGGUCCCGAAAAGGUGGCGCCCGCAGAAGACAACUCCCAGGAGAAAGGUGAAGCGAGUAAACCAUCAGGCGCUGCCAAAUCACCGCUCGAGGUGUUUUUUAAAGAUGAUCUUCACACCCCAUUGGCGCUGAUAGACGCCUAUGACCGAACAGACCCCGCGAUGCAAUGGACGAAUUACACCCUCACUUUUCGUGAAGUCAUUGACUACGUUUUCUUCUCUUCCGACAGUAUUGAUGUGCUACAGACAGUACCUAUCCCGCCAGAGUUUGAGCUAUCUGAAAAUCAUGCAUUGCCGAAUGCCAAAUACCCAUCUGAUCAUUUGGCGCUCAUUGCUGAUUUGAUUCUAAAACAGUUAUAA